CCCAGCUUCCUAAAUGAUAACAUCAAACUUGGCGGUAAUACAAUCAGCUUGAUCAUGUCAAUCUCAAGAUCCCUCCUAUCAGCCUUCAACGGCAUGGCGCUGCGUUCCUCCUCGACGGCGACCUGCAUCGCCGGACCUUCCCGCUUGUCGAGCAGGAACUUCUCGGCAUCUAGUACGGUCAACGCUACCAUCAAUCAGGUCGCCCGAGGCGCCCGUAAACAAUUCCCCAAACUCUCCAAAUCCCCCCUCUUGGAGCAAUGCUACCAGAAGAAAGCCGUCUGUUCCAAAGUCUACACGACCAAGCCCAAGAAGCCCAACUCUGCCGUGAGAAAAGUCGCUAGGGUCAAGCUGAGCACGGGGGAGACGACGAUCGCGUACAUCCCCGGGGAGGGACACAACCUGCAAGAGCAUUCGGUCGUGCUCGUCAGGGGCGGGAGGACAAAGGAUUUACCGGGUAUCAGGUACAAGCUCGUUCGUGGUGCACUCGACUUCUCUGGUGUAGCCAACCGAACCGCUUCGAGGUCGAAAUACGGGGCCAAGAAGCCGAAGAAGAAUUGAUCGGGCUGUUCAAGACGGGCAGUAGGGCACUUGGUGUAGAAGACAUAUU